AGACAAUCACCUGCAAUUGCAUCUCUCGCAUUUGCCGCUGCAUCUACUUUAUUUCAUUGCUCUUCAGUCCCGAAUAUCAUCACAAACUCACCCGACAUACAUACCAGCUUGUGUCGCGCGGGGCAAGAUGAAGCUCUCAUUUAGAGAUCUCAAGCAGCAGAAGUUCACAAUUGACGCCGAACCUUCAGACACGAUCGGCCAAGUGAAAGAGAGGAUUGCGGCCGAGAAAGGAUGGGAGGCACCUUCGCAGAAGCUCAUCUACGCUGGCAAGGUUCUGGCCGACGCCAACACUGUCGAAUCUUACAAGAUUGAAGAGAAGGGCUUCAUUGUGUGCAUGGUCAGCAAGCCAAAAGCCGCACCAGCUGCCAAACCAGCGGCUCCUUCAACACCAGCUGCCUCUACCUCAACGUCUACCCCUGCCGCACCAGCUGCACCAGCCGCGCCGCAACCCGCUCCACCUGCUGCCGCGUCGAACCAACCCUCCACACCUACUCCUGCUCAGCCUGCCACAACUGAACCUACGGCUGGUGAGCCUGGCUUCAAUGAUCCCUCCGCAUUCUUGAUCGGUAACCGAAAUGAGGCGACCAUUCGCGAGAUGGAGGCCAUGGGUUUCGAAAGAUCACAGAUCGACCGUGCUCUCCGUGCUGCGUUCUUCAACCCGGAUCGUGCGAUCGAAUAUCUUCUGAGUGGUAUCCCGGAGAACAUCCAGGCCGAACAGAGACAAGCCACACCCGCUGCCGCUGCUACUCAAGGUACUCCUGCUUCGCCACCAGCCGCCCAGCCUGCGCAACCAGCCCAGACAGGUGGAGACGAGCCAGUCAAUCUCUUCGAAGCCGCGGCCCAAGCCAACCAACAAGGACGUGGUGGCGCAGCAAGAGGUGGUGCCGCUGCCACAGGAGGCAGAGGCCAAGGUGGACAACAGGUGAACCUUGAAAUGCUUCGACAGAGUCCUCAUUUCCAGCAAAUCCGCCAAAUUGUCCAACAACAGCCGUCCAUGCUUGAGCCAAUCUUGCAGCAACUUGCCGAGGGCAAUCCAGAGCUUGCCCAGAUGAUCAGUCUGAAUCCCGAACAGUUUCUCCAGCUGCUAGCAGAGGGACAGGAAGGUGAUGAGGGCCCACUCCCACCUGGUGCCACACAAAUCAGCGUGACUGAAGAAGAGCGUGAUGCCAUAGAACGGCUCUGCCGUCUGGGCUUUUCGAGGGAGCAAGUUAUCCAGGCUUACUUUGCUUGUGACCGAAACGAAGAGUUAGCGGCCAACUUUUUGUUCGAGCAGCCCGAAGAUGAGGAGACGCAGUGAUCAUAUUAUGCUCGUGAAGUGCGCUUUUUCCAACAUGGAUGGGCUUGAGCAUUGUCGUUGGGAUCUUGCAGGUGCUCUUUUCGGCCAUGAUAUCAACGACAAUGAUCAACGGCUUGGAAUGGCCUGAUGUUGCAGUACACAGCAAGCGGUUUGUUUGAGGAUUACGAGGUCAGCACGCGCGAUAUGCAGGCACCUUCAUUGAGAUGCUCC